AUGAGAGGGUUAGGUAGAGCUUCCAACCUGGUUCUUGAAGGGUGUAAUUGGAAAGUGGGUAACGGAAAGUCAAUUGUUGCAGGGAGGGAUAAGUGGGUGAAUGGAGGUACUCCAGUUUUCAGUUCUAAUGUCACUCUUAGGCAAGCUAAGGAUUGGAAAGUACACCAUUUCUUGCUUCCUUCUGGGGAAGGCUGGAAUUUAGCAGAGAUCAAUUCUAGUUUUGAAUUCUUGGAUGCUCGGAGAAUUUUGAGUAUGGAACUUCCUUCUUCUAAUGCUGAGGAUUUCCUUUAUUGGAAAUACCAUAUAUCAGGUAAGCUUUCUGUUAAGUCUGCGUAUGCCAUGUUAGUUUUAGGAGAUUCUAGUGACUAUGGGUUGAAUUCAGAGUCCGUUUUCUAUAAAUCCUUAUGGUCUAUGAAGAUUCUUCCUAAAUGGAAAAUAUUCUUUUGGAAGCUCCUUCAUAAUGGGAUUGCUACUAAGGCUAAUUUAGGGAGGAGGGGUGUUCAGCUAUCAACGGUGUGUGACGAGUGUAAUGCAGGAGAUGAGGAUCUUCAGCAUCUUUUUCGGUUUCGCAAGUUUGCUCAGGAUGUUUGGAGGAGUGGUUCACUCGCUAUCCAUUCAAAUUUCAAUGAAGCCAUGUCUUUCCAAGAAUGGUUUCUGUUUUAUAUCCGACGAUUUCAAAGUCAGGAUGGUAAGAAUAGUCCGAGGUGUUUGUACUUUAUGAGUACUCUUUGGAUUUUAUGGUUGGUUAGGAAUAAUCGUGUUUUUAGAGGUCAAUCUACUUCUUCUUCGGCAAUGCAUAAUUGUAUCAAGUCAGGUUUGGAUCAAAUUUCAAUAUUGCACCAGCAUCCGUCACCUUAUUUAAGGUUUUUCCAUCCUCCUGAAGUGGAUCCGAUCUUUCCUCCGGGCUUUUCUAGGAUUAUCUUAUCAGGGAUUGAAGAUGGAAAUCCCACUACUAUAAUUGUGUCUGAUGGGUCUUGGUUUAAAAGCUCUAAGAUUGCUGGUAUGGGAUGGUAUUUGGAUAGGCAACAGGUUCCAAGUGAUCGAAUUUUAGGGGGUGCGCAGCCAGGUUUGACAAGUUCUGCUCUCCACUCUGAGGUUUUAGCUUGUUUAUUAAGUCUGCGGCGGGCGUCUCAAGCCGGGUUUAAUAGAGUCACAAUUUUUAUUGAUUCUCUACGUUUGGUCGAUUUACUGAGAUCGAUGGAGAUUGUGGAUAUCAACCUCAUCUGGACGCUUGCGGAAAUCCAAAGAAUUGGAAAGACCUUUCUAUGGUGCUGUAUUAACAAGGUUGAUAGGCAGAGAGUUCAUCAGGCGCACAAGCUUGCAAAGGCAGCUUCUACUUUAUGUUUGUCGUUUUGUAAUUUACCUUAA